UAUGGAGAAUUAGAUUGUAAAUUAGUAUAUGUAUUUAUUUAGAUUGAUGAUGCAGAGAGAGAUUAAAUUAUUAAAUAAUUGAAACUAGUUUAAGGAAAUGAUGUAAAUAAUUCAUUUUGAACAUCUAUUAGAAAUGUAUUGAUUGUGGUAAAAAAAAUACCAAAUGGGCAUCUGUUACUUUGGGUUUAUUUUUGUGUAUUGAUUGUUCUGGUAAACAUAGAGAAUAUGGUGUUCGUUAUACAUUUGCAAGGUUAAAAAUUCAUUUAAGUUUAGAUCUCUUACUUUGGAUUCUUGGUCAAGAAAAUAAAUUACAUUCCUUCAAGUAGGAGGCAAUGAAAAAGCCUUGGAAUAUUUUUAAAGUGUUGGAUUAAUUGGUCCAGGAUGUAGUCAAAUUGAUUACAAAAGUCCUCUAGUUGAAAAAUACAAAUAAGAACUUCUUAAAUAAGUACUCUGAUUUGGUGUAUUAGCCUUGUGUGAAGAAAAGCUGAAUAUAAUUCGUCCAUCACUUAUUCCAAGUCCUGUUAAAAUAGCUCAAACAUCAGAAAAACAAGCUUAAAAUAAAGAAGAAGAAUCUCCAAUAAAAGAAUAACCUAAGCAAGUGUUUUAAAACAAUUUGUUAUAAGAAGAAGCAAUAGUGACUAAGAAAAGUAAUAAAAUUGUAUUUGCUGAUAAUGCGAAACCAUAAGCUGUAUCUGGCAAAGCAGUUUAAGGUAAGAAAUUAGCUGACGUGGACUUCGAUUCAUUAUAAUUUGAUGAUCCAUUUUCAAAUCCAUUUAAUAAUGAUCCAUUCAAAUCUGAUUCCAAUAAAAUAGAAUAGCAAUAAUAAGAUGAACCUAAAGUAAUUAUUAAAUAAACUCAAUAACCUACUUAAACAAUUCCAUAAAGUAAUGAAACUUUGGAAAAAUUGAAAGAUAAGAAUGUCAAAUCAAUAUCAUCUGAAACAUUAUUCUAAUCUUAAGAUAGGUAAUUAAGUUAUAUUAAUUAUUAUUAGUGAAUAAAAUAAAUAGAAUAUAUAUAAAUUCAAUGGAUAAACUGCUAUAUCUAGUAAAUAAUUUUUUGGAGAAAAAGAAGAGGAUUCAGAAGAUUCAUCAUAAAGUAUAUUUAAAAUCAUAUAUUAGAAAUGGAUUAAUUUAAGAAUAUGUUUAAUUUUGCAACUGAAAAAACUAUGGAGACAUUUGGUACUGUUAAAGAAAGAGCAGGAGGUAUUUGGGAGAAUUUAAAAACAAAAUUCAAUAAAUAAUGAU